GUUUGUCCAUGUCUUUCAUGGCCUCAGGAAUUUGCCAAGUUAUGAUGAAAAGAAGUGGAGGCUUGCUGCCUCUAUAUUCUUCCUCUGCAUCGCAGGUCAUCUCCAGGUGGACCCACACCACUUCCUCAUCUGGUGUCUCUGGAGUCGAGCCCCGGACGGUACAGGAUCUCCCCCGCUGCAGCUUCUUGACGCUGCUCUACAGAAUGUUCUUCAAAGGCUACUACAAAUGUUUCCACGAGCUGCAGAUCUACGAGACCAAGCUGUAUGGGCCGAUUUACAGAGACGGACUCAUGGCAGUGUGUCUGAGUACUCCACAGCUGGUGGAGGAACUCCUGAGGAAUGAGGAGAAAUACCCGAGCAGAGGUGACAUGUCCUUUUGGAAGGAGUAUCGUGACAUGAGAGGAUACGGCUACGGACCUUUCACAGAGGAAGGAGAGGAAUGGCACAACCUGAGGGUUUUGCUCAGUAAACAAAUAUUGCACCCGAAGGAUGCCGCCCAGUAUGGCUGCAUUAUUAACAAAGUCGUGUCGGACUUCGUCACGAGGAUCUGCUACCUCCGUCAACGCAGUCCGACAGGGGAUCUGGUGACCGACAUGGCCAAUGAACUCUAUGGCUUCUCCCUGGAGGGUAUCUCGGCCAUAUUGUUUGAGACCAGGAUCGGCUGCCUGGAGAGGGAAAUCCCACCAGGCACUCAAGAGUUCAUCAACUCCAUUGCGCAGAUGUUCUCCAACAGUCUGGCUGUGAUCAUGAUGCCCAAGUGGAGUCGCAGUCUGUUUCCCUUCUGGCAUCGCUACAUCGACGGCUGGGAAGGAAUCUUCAGCUUCGCUAAAAAGUUGAUUGACAAGAAGCUGGAGGCCAUUCGGCACAGCAUCGACAACAACCAGGACGUGCAGGGGGAAUAUCUGACAUACUUGCUGGCCAAGACUGACAUGAGCACCAAAGAUGUGUAUGGCAGCAUCGCAGAGCUUCUGCUGGCUGGAGUGGACACGACGUCCAACACGCUGAUGUGGACGAUGCACCUGCUGUCCAAGCACCCUGAGGUCCAGGAGCGCCUCUACCAAGAAGUGUCCUCAACAAUUCCUCCAGACAGCACACUGUCUGCCGAACAAGUGACCCGAAUGCCGUAUUUAAGGGCGGUUGUCAAGGAAGUGCUCAGGAUGUAUCCUGUGGUUACCAUGAAUGGAAGGACUCUUUAUGAGAAAGACGUGGUCGUCGGAGGAUAUUAUUUCCCAAAGAAGACUUCUUUCAAGCUCUGCCACUAUGCCAUCAGUCACGAUGAAGAAACCUUUCCAGAGCCAUUUGUCUUCAGACCAGAAAGAUGGCUCAGAACAGGAAAGGACCGACCGAACCCCUUCGGCUCCAUCCCAUUUGGUUUCGGGGUUCGGAGCUGUGUGGGCCGGAGAAUUGCAGAGCUUGAGAUGUACAUGGCUUUAAUUCAGUUGAUCAGGCUCUUCGAGAUCAAACCUGACCCCACGGUUGGGGAGGUGAAGUGUCUGGACCGCACCGUCCUGGUCGCAGACCGACCAGUGAACUUUCACUUUGUGGAGAGGAGAUGAACAAAGACUUUGACAUUGAACUGCAAGUGACGAAUGACUGUACUACAGAACACUUUUUACUAAAAUAUUUCAUUAUUUGUUAUACGUCAUCAAUAACUAGUGUCAGUUUUUUUGUAAUAUCACGCUUCCGAGUUAACACGGCAGACUAACCUCCAUACAACCGGGGUUCUCCUUCUUAAACGUCAACACGUAUUCACAUAUACACAUACGUCAUUACGUGACAUUUUUUAUCUUUUAAAAUGAGUUCAACUACAAUGUACCUUAUCCUUAUCUUCUGAAAAUUCACCUUCCACUUGACCUCUGUGUUCCAUACUAUUACUUGUAUUUUAUUCAUCAUAAAAAACACACAUCUCUUCAACUUGGUUUUCCUUUUAAAUAAAUGUAUU